CGUGUCACGGCGAGCCUUUUAAAAAAUAAAAAAUAAAGAGAGGCAAAGCCGAAAAAGCUGUAAUUCCUUCUCUUCUCCUAUUCAGUAUACAUUCAGUGGCGUAGCUUUUGCUCUGUAUCCGUGGAAAUCUCAACCGCAGGUUAAUUUCAAAGUUUUAACAUGUCUAACUCGGGUAUAGAUGUUUCUCCCAAGGGUGGAUUUAGUUUCGAUCUUUGCAGAAGAAAUGAUAUGCUCGCUAAGAAGGGAGUUCAGCCACCGUCUUUUCGGAAGACGGGAACUACAAUUGUUGGUUUAAUUUUCCAGGAUGGCGUCAUUCUUGGAGCAGAUACAAGAGCCACUGAAGGACCCAUAGUUUGUGAUAAGAACUGUGAAAAGAUUCAUUAUAUGGCACCAAACAUAUAUUGCUGUGGAGCAGGAACUGCUGCUGAUACAGAGGCAGUAACAGACAUGGUCAGCUCACAGCUGCAACUGCAUCGCUACCAUACUGGUCGAGAAUCAAGGGUUAUUACGGCUCUGACCCUUCUUAAGAAACACCUUUUCAACUACCAAGGACAUGUCCAAGCUGCUUUGGUUCUUGGUGGAGUUGAUGUUACUGGACCUCAUCUACAUACUAUAUACCCCCAUGGAUCAACUGACACACUGCCAUUUGCAACGAUGGGAUCUGGUUCACUUGCUGCUAUGGCCAUGUUCGAGUCCAAGUACAGAGAAGGCCUGACUAGGGAUGAAGGAAUAAAUCUUGUUGUUGAAGCUAUAUGCUCUGGUAUAUUUAAUGAUUUGGGAAGUGGAAGCAAUGUUGAUGUUUGUGUGAUAACCAAGGGGCACAAGGAGUACCUUAGAAACCAUCUCACGCCAAAUCCACGUACCUAUGUCAAUCCAAAAGGCUUUACUUUUCCUAAGAAGAUUGAAGUUCUCUUAACGAAGAUUACUCCAUUGAAGGAGAAGGUGGAAGUGAUUGAAGGAGGUGAUGCAAUGGAAGAGUGAAAAUCAUCAUGCAGUCGGCAAUAUGGGUUUGAGUUGUUUUUCCAACUUACAUUAUAAUCUUUGUAUUAAGUGGAUCAAUGAUAUUGUUUUCAGUUUCCAGUUUCAAAAUCUCAAUAGGUCCAGAGUCCAGACAUUAAAACUUAUCUUGGAUUUCAAUUUUUUCCAAACUCACAUGCGGGUGCGUUUAACU